AUGUCGCGGGACUUGCAAUCCUGCCGGUUCUCCAACCAGUCGCAUCGCAGCUCACGGCUACCCGUCUGCACUGACGACGAUGUCGACGACGACACGGCGUUCGAAGCCUGGCUACGUGGGGAAGAAGAAGGGGGUAGAAAAAAAGGCGGAAAGACGGGUAAAACUGGGAAAUCGGAUGUCAAAACAGGGAAGGCAGAUGAAAAAACAAGCGACAAAAGCGGUGGUGAUAAGGCGAAGGAGAGGCGAAUAGGGAAGGUGAAAGCAGAUCCCUCCACGCCUGCAAGAGCAGCAGGGGGGGGGAAGGCCAGAUGGUGCUGUGACGGCCGCGGGGAAGGGUGGGGAGGCGGGGGGGAGCAGAAGUGCGGGGAGGGUGGGGAGGUGGGGGGAAGAAGAAGUGCGGGGAAGGGUGAGGGGAAGGAGGGGAGGGGGAGUGAAGGGGAGAUGGAGGGAACGGAGGGGGAAGAGGAAGAGGGGAAGGAUCAAGAAGCAGCUAAGGUGGAUGCUGACGUAUCCAAUGAGGCGGCUGAAAUGGACGCUGACAUGUCAAAGGAGGCGGCUGAGGGGGAUGCUGAGGUGGCAGCGGAGGAUGAUGAUGACGUGUGCGAGAUGCUCACGUCACUCCCCGCUCCCCUCCCCACAUCUUUCCUCCCUCCUUAUUCCCCCCUUCAUCUUCUUCCCUCUGUAUCUUUCUUACCCCGCUCAUUUCCCAACCCAACGUGCACUUACAAUACUUUCAUUCACGGCCAUGAUUGGGCGGCAGUGGAGCAAUUCCUGGGCGUGAGGGAUGUGGCGCAGCGGGGGCGAGGGUGGGGCAGGGGGGCGAGGGUGCCACCGCAUUUUCCUCUUCUCACACCACUUAUUUCCCAACGUACACAUCUCCCACCACCCUCUCUCCCUCACCCCACUCGCUCUCUGUGCAUUCAGGGCCAUGACUGGGCAGCAGUGCAGCGAUUCCUGGGCGUGAGCGAGGUGGCGCAGUGGGGCGAGGGUGGGGCAGGAGAUGGUGAGGGGAGCGAAGGAAGGGCGGGUGGGGGAACGGGCGAGAGGGGCAGUAAUGGGGGUAGGAGGAGUGGUGAUGGUGGUAGGGAUGGCGAUGGCAGGGAUAGUGGCGGGAGGAAGAGUGAAGGGAGGCGAGGCGAGGACUAUUUGAUCAAGUGGAGAGACAAGUCCCACAUUCAUUGCACCUGGAUGGCAGCUGCAAAGGUGGAAGCAGCGGCAAAGAGCUCCCCAGGGCUGGGUGAGUCGAAGGGAAUGGGGGCUGGGUGA